CUUAAAAUUAAUGGCGAGGGAAGGAGAGAGACGCACGUUUUUGCGUACCAACUCUGAAAAUAUCAAAAUUUGGGAUUAGAAUUGAAUUCGAAAGGGGAGUUAGAAACUACAUACAGAGAUACGAAAUGAAUAUGAAAGAGAAAAAUACAGAGACAAGAACCAAUCAGAGUCUUAGUUUUACACAUUGGGUUGUUGGAUGCUCUAAUGUUCCUCUGUUUCCACUCUAUAAACCCUCUGUAUGUUUGGUCUUAUCAGUAAUUUGGGGAUUCAAAAUUUAGGGUUUCAUUUGCUACCAGAGGAGAAAAGAGAUACAAAGGAAUAAAGUGUGAAACGAAAGGGUUUUUUUGGUUGUUGAUUGAAAUGAGGAAAUUUGUUGAUCCAGACAGAAAACACCAUUUCUUCAAGGUCUUACUUGAAGGUGAUCUAACCAGAAUGCGAAUUCCUGAAGCAUUCUAUCCCAGAAUAUCCAAAGAUUCUCAGUCAUGUGAACGAGCAGUUCUUUGGGGUCCUAGUGGAACACAUUGGGUUGCUAAAGUGAAGAAAAGUCAGGAUGGCAUCUACCUCGAUAAAGGCUGGGAAGUAUUUGUCCAAGUAAAUGGCAUACAAAAGUACGAUUUCUUAGUUUUCCGGUAUGAAGGUAGCAUGCAGUUUUCUAUCAAGGUUUUCAAUAUGCAUGGGGUUCCAAGGGAAGAAUGUUUCACUCCUGAUCGUUCUUCUCCGUUGGUGGAGGAGAGAAUUAGGCAUGGAAGGUCAUUUGACUGUCCACCAGUUGGAAGGCCAAGUACAAAUCUGAGAUCAAGAAAGAGACGCUGUGUUGAACUGCAGGAACGAGUACAACAAGACAGGGAUGAAUCAGAUGAAGACAAAUCCGAUGAAAAAGAUAAGUCAGAUGAAGAUGAAUGGGAUGAAGACGAAUCGGAUGAAGGUGAAUCAGAUGAAGAUGAAUCAGAUGAGGAUGAAUCAGAUGAAGAUGGGUUGGAUGAAGAAGAUGAGGAUUGUGUUGCACGUACAAACGGAAGAAAGUGCGGAUUAUCAUCCAGGUCCCGUUCUGCUUUCUUCAGAAUUUUAAUGCGACCAGCUUAUUUGAAGCAUAAUUAUGUGCCAAUCCCACGGGGCAUCAGAAGAGCGUACUUCCUGGAUGACGUGAAAAAAGUUAUAAUUAUGCCUUCUGAUGCUUCUUAUGAUCGAGAGUGGAGGAUUAGAAUUCUUCACACAAAGACAGACAUGAGGUUAAGCAAAGGUGUUCCUGACUUCAUAAAGAAGAAAAAUGGUUUGAACUUGAAGGCAGGAGAUGUGUGCCACUUUGAAAUCGUUGAGAAGAGAUCUUACAAGCUUGUGUUACGAGUUCAGGUUUUUCGCAACUGUGCUUGAUUUGGAUGAAGGAGGGUGUUAGAGAAUAUAGAUGUCUUUACUUGAACCUAUUUCCUGCUUUCGGUUUAACUGUUAGUUUCAGUUGGUUAUGUCUUCAGCUGACAUACCAUGACUAUUUUGUUAAGUUAAGCUUGUUUCGCUGCACUUAGUUUCGAUUUGAGCACUUGUAGGUGUGAUUUUUUGGUGUGUUCUGUUCAUUAGCUCAGAAAAGAACAAUGGUAAAUAGAUCGCACAACUUGUAAUUGGCAAUUGCGUCAUAUGUAGGUGUGGAAAAGCUGCACAUGACAUUUGUGUUUAAAUUUUGCGAAACUUCGGA